AACUUGAUACCCUUCACAAAAUCAGAUUCCUUGACCCGUCUCUCCUCUCUUACCCAGAGAAUAUUUCCUCUGCUUUUGAUUAUUUUAAUGAAAACAUUUUGUUCUCAUUCCGUUCCCUUCAAGUAUUUAAGAACUCCAUCGUUUAAAGCAAAACCGUUUCACCAUUUUCUGGGAAAACCAUUAUUUUACUGUUCUGUAUAAUUACAAUAUAUGUGUAUGUAUGUAUACAUUGGACAACUCCUGGUUUCUGCAUAUGAAGGUUGGUCACAGGGAGGCCUUUCAGAGAGAAGGCAAAAUCCCAAACUGAAAAAAAAAAAAAAACCCUUCGAUCUUUCCUGAGUCUAAUCCAAAGCCCAUCUUUCAGAAUCCCCCAAAAAUCUGUCCUAAGCCCCAGGAUGAUUUGAUCCCAAAAUGCGUUCACCCACAAAACCCUUUCCCCUCCUCUGUCUUUUCCUGGGCUUCUAUGCCAAUCUUGAGCAUCUCCCAGUUGCUGAAUCUGCAUCUGAUUACACCACCUUGGCAUACAAGGGCUGUGCAAAACAGGUUUUUUCGGAUCCAACAGGGGUUUACUCGCAGGCCAUUUCAGCCCUUUUUGGCUCCCUGCUUUCACAGUCCUCCAAAGCCAAGUUCUUCAAGACCACCACCGGCAGUGGCCAAACCACCAUUUCUGGCCUCUUCCAGUGCAGAGGUGACCUUAGUAAUGCUGAUUGCUACAACUGUGUGAGCAAGCUCCCAAUCCUAAUAGACAAGCUCUGUGGCCAGCCCAUUGCUGCUAGAAUCCAGCUCUUGGGCUGCUACAUGCGCUAUGAAAUUGCUGGUUUUGCUCAAGUUUCUGGAGUGGAGAUGCUUUACAAGACUUGUAGUGGGAAGAACAGUGCAGGGAGUGGGUUUGAAGAGAGGAGAGACACUGCUCUAUCAGCAUUGGUGAAUGGUAUGGGUAGUGGCAACGGCUUCUAUGCCACAAGCUAUGAUUCUCUCUAUGUUUUGGGCCAAUGUGAGGGGGAUUUGGGCACUGCAGAUUGUGGUGAGUGUGUAAAGAGUGCUGUCCAGAGAUCGCAGGUUGAAUGUGGAAGCUCCAUCACGGGCCAAGUCUAUCUCAACAAGUGCUUUGUUAGCUACAGUUACUACCCAAAUGGGGCCCCCAAGAAAUCAUCUUCAUCAGCUGAUUCUAUAUCUUCUCCAUCAGGGGCAGGGCAAACUACAGGGAAGACAGUGGCUAUUAUAUUAGGAGGAGCAGCAGGAGUGGGAUUUGUAGUAAUUUGUAUGAUGUUUGCAAGAAAUUUGAUGAAGAAACAUGAUGAUUACUGAAAGGGAGAAGAUAGACACAAAGAACCAAAGCUCAUGUUAAGGUGGAUUCUUUCCUUCUAUCUUUUCUUUCCCAUUUAUCAAAGAGGGGUUUUGUGGUGCAGAAAUGGAGAGAGCUAACUAUGGAAUUUUCUUUUUCUUUGAGAGAGAGAGAGAGAGAGAGGAGUGAAUGAAAGUAAGAAUGAAACUGAGAAUGUUGAAAUGUAAGAAUGAGUGUUUGUGAAUUUUCAAAUGGUGAAAAAAGUUGAGCUGUUAAAUUU